GAUUACAAGACUUUUAUUUCUAAACACGCUUCCCUGGAAUUAAACCCUUCUAACUACGUGAAGCAUUGGCAAAUAAACUCAAUAUUGAACAAUACCGAACUUCUCACAUACUCCCCAUCACAGAAAACUAAAACUUUCCAGCGGGGCUCUUUUGCGGCCAAUGAGAAACCGCUUUUUUGAAUCUGUUGACGAUGCCAGGAAGGGGGAGGUGGACAUUCUAACCACGUGUCCAAGCUUUGCUUUUCGGGCUUCUUUGGUUUCAGAGCCGGUCUUUCUUCACGUGUUCUUAGAGGAAACAUCAGGAAAUAGAGGUGGACCAGGCUGCUGUUUUGGCUGCUAAGGGUUUCAGGCAGACCCCAAGGAUUACAGCCGGCCCGUUCUGCACAUAAAGCGCUGAGGUCCGGAGUUACUCUUCGCGGCAGCCAUGGAAAAGGGGCCGUGGUCGGUUGAUGCGGCGGGGAACGGAGAGGAGCAGCAGCAGUUUGCAACUCCUGUUCCUGAGAAUGAAACUGAGGAAAGCGAACAGCGCUGUGAAGGUCUCUGGGAACUGCCCGUGGAGCUCAACACACGGAGACCCGAAUGCAGCCGCUGCGGUCGCCCUCAAAAGGUGUGCCUGUGUCCAUUCUUGCCAGUUCAUCCUUUGAAAGUCUCUACUUGUUUGUACAUUAUCCAGCAUCCGGCAGAGGAAAGUAGAGUGCUACGAACAGUACCUCUUCUAACUGCUUGUCUUCCUGAAGACAAAUGUAAAGUCUUGAUUGGACGACGCUUCUCUGAAGACAGGUACCCUGAAUUAUCAUCCAUAUGCAGAAGUUCAAAUACAUUAAUACUGUAUCCUGGAGCUGGAGCAACAAAUUUGGAAGAAAUGGAUUUGAGUUCCACUAAUUCCUAUGUGAUCAUAAUCAUUGAUGGAACAUGGAGUCAAGCAAAAGAUAUAUUUUUAAAGAACUCCCUUUUUCAAAUGCCCAAGCAGGUACAAUUGAAAACCAGCUUUUCAAGUCAGUACAUAAUUCGUACCCAGCCCACAAAUACAUGCCUGUCCACACUUGAAUGUGCAGCUAUUGCCCUAACCAUUGUGGAAAAAAAUGAUGCAAUUAAAGAGACUGUACUUCGUCCUCUUCAAGCUCUUUGUGCUUUCCAGAUCCAGCAUGGUGCCCAAGUCCACCACAGCAAGGAGCAUCUUCUUAAAAAUGGUUUAUAUGACAAACCAAUGCCAAAAAAUAAACGCAAGCUCAGGAGAAUGGAACUUUUAGUGAAUAAUGUUAAAAUUUAGGAGCGUCAUACAGAUUUAUUAUUAAAGAUUUUUAUUCCUUUUAGCUAAUGAAAUGGAGUUGAUUAUGGAUUUGAUCCAAAUAAAAAUCUCCUAAAAUGAAACACAUUCACGUGGCUCUCUGCCCAGAAUUCAAGAGCGAUACAAAAGCAAAAUGCCUGGGAAGCUUUUCGAAUUUGUGCUUGAAUUUUUAAUGAUAAUGAUAAUGAAGAAGAAGAAGAAGCAAGAAGGAAUAUACAUUUUCUUAAGUGUUAUCAUUUUAACUUAAAUUAAACUAUAAUUUCAAUGUUUUUUCCCUUAAUUUUUUACUAAAGUGGACAUAUGUAAUAUAAAUAUUGAUAUGGAAGUGGAUAUUGGUACUGUAAGUCAUAGAAAUCCUAGUAGACAUAAGAAUCCAGAAUUCCUGCUUUUUUUAACAGUUAACAAACCUGUUUUGAAAUAAGUGUAUUUUGGGAUUAAGUUUUCCUAUGUCAUUAAAGCCUGGCAAAAAAAGUAGACAUUCCAAUCUUAAAACAACAAGCAAAUAAAGAGUAUGAAACACCCUACUUUUUCUGUGACAUUGCAAACAGACCAUGGCAUGAAAGCAUAAAUUUUAUUAUGGUGAUUACAUUCUACUUUUUCUAGGUGAUAUUGUUACAUUUCUGUCAAAAGAUUAUAUUUUUAUAUGAAUAGUGCAUUUUUUAUCCAAUUUAAGAACUAUUGUAACAUAAAUUAAAGACUAAGAAGAUGAAAAAUAAUGCCUUGAGUCCAUAUUAUAUACCUAUCCAUGUAGUUUGUCUAGACAGAAAUGAAAUCAAUAUUUCUGAAAUUAUAAAUUGCAAGUAAAAACUGCUAAUUUGGACAGAGAACAUUGCUAUUGUAUAGAGACCUGCAUGAAAUAUGGAUAACUGGGAAGACACUAGCAAUUAGGCGUUGUUUGUAUUGAUGAGAAUAGUAUCAUUUCUUAUUUCAGACUCAGUACUGCAUACAUUAUUUUAUCCUGACAUUUGUCUUCAUUAUCAUUUUUCUUCAGACUUGUAAGAUUUAACCCCAAGCUCUUUCACAGUAGAUGAAUGAGUGGCACCACCGAAAAAGCUCCAAGCAGUCUAUCCAUAAGGUUAGGGAAGGUAUUCAUUAUAACUGCAGCAAAUAUUUAUGUUAUAUUAAAUAUUUCUGCAGUUGAAACUAUAGGUCACCAAGGUAGUCCCCAUUCUCACAAAUGUUUCCACUGGCACCUGUCAAAUCCUAAAUUCACCUGAUUUUGAUUUAUAUUUUUUUAACUUAAAAAAAAUUAAACAAGAAUGAGCUGCUUCAAAGCACCAAUUGCUGGUUCUAAUAAAUGAUGUGUAGGCAUUGCAAGAAAUUAAAAAUGGUGGUGGCUGCAGUCCAGUGCUUGCAAGUUUGCCUAUAUCUCCUGGAAAAAAAAGGUGUAAGCAUGGCAUGGAAUGGCCUCACCAGUUUGCCAUCUGCUAAUUAUGUUUUAUAACAAAUCAUUUUUUGAGAAAAACCAAUGUUUUCAGAAGUUCAAAUAUAUGUACUGCUCCCAAAUUAUUAAAAACCCUAACACUCUUGGGACUGACCAAUGACAUUAAUCAUACUUUUUAAUAUUUUGAAAAUCAGAAUAGAUUUGCAGGCAUUUGGCUCAUAUAAGAGAAUAUGAAGCAGCUGAUCUUCUUGAAGAGUGUUGUUGGAUCUUUUUAAAUAAAUUUUAAUAGUAUGUUUAGCAUACUAUUAAUACAUGAAGACAAGCUGUGAUACUGUCUAUUUUGAGCUGCCAGUAAAAGCAAAUUAAGUCAGUAGAGAUAAAAUUAUACCAGUCACAUUGGUUUUGUGAUUUCCAGGUUGCUUAUUACACUUUGUUUUCAAUCUUUUAAAGCUCUUUAUUAUGGAAAGGUUGCUAGUAUUAUCUCCAUCUUGAUAAAUCAUAAUGUAUGUCACUAAAUUCCAUUCAAGAUUUUUUUAAAAAAAAUAUACAUAUAUGGGUGUGAUUAUAUUUUAAGAAAUGGUUAUGUUUUUAGGGAUUUGUUGAAGAAGUUUAUCUACAAGGGAUCAAAAUAAUUUUCUGCACUUUUCCCUGUAAUAAAACUGAUCUUGCGUUCCAGUCUGUCUUAUUAAAUCCCUGCUGUAGCAUUGCCCAGCUCAUAUGACUACGAGAAUUAGAGUUCAAAGUAUUAAACAUCAAGUUUAAAUUGAAGUUCAUCCAAUAAGAACAAUUUAAUAAUACUAGCCUCUUAUUCUAGCAGAACAAUUUUGUCAGGAACAUUUGAAAAACAAAACAAAACAAAACUAUUCUUCAUAUGAAUUCAGAGAACCUCUUCUGAUUUCUGGCAAAUAAUAGAUAUAAAUAAAUGCCUUUUGCAUGAUAUAUGUGGCUGUGUGUUUUAAACAAGAAAAUUGUCAUUUCCUUGAACAAGAGUGCUUUAUUAAAGAGUUUAGGGCACAAAAUAUGUUUGCAAAAUUUUUCUGCAGGAUAGCUCUUAACAUGCUGAUUUUUACCUGAAAAUAUCUAAUGCAUUAUUCAGAAAAGGCAGAAGCAAAUGCUGAAUGACCCAGGAAUUCCAAUGUAAAAUUAUGUUGGAACCAAAACAUCUAUGUAAAAUGCAUGAUAAGAACUAACGCUCAAUUUUAAAGUUUAAUUGGUUUGGUCUCAAAGGAAAGCUGAGGCACAGCGUACAUUCUUAAAAAGCACUUUGGCAUGCUACCUAUUAGAGCUAUUUUAAGUAACUUGCUCUAAAAAGGAAUUCAGGGGAGUGCACUUAACAUGUAGUGGUUGCAAGUGGUAACUUGACAUGAAUAGAGAGGAACAAAGCAAAUCUUUAUAGAGUUAUGGGUGAUUUCCACAUUUGGCAGUGUUUAAGAAUUGUUUAAGAAAAACCUCUUUACCUCAUGCUUGGAAUAUCCAAUUGCUUCUUUAUUUCUCUAAAGACAUGGUGUCAAGAGUGAAAAUUUGGCAGCUACCGUACUUGCCUCUCUGUUUUCAUCUUGCC